CUUCGUAUAUUUAAAAUUCGAAAUUCUUACAUUUACUUGACUAUAGUAGUACAAGCGAAAUCUUUAAUAAGAUUUAUAUUUAAUUAAAAAAUUUUUUUUCUUCGAGUUUCUAAAUAAAAAAUUAUUUCUAAUACAAAAUCAAAAACGAUAAUUUCUUAAUAUCUAUUUUGAUAGUAAUAAAGUAUUUCAGUAGUAAAAGUUCAAAAGUUCUAUAUUGUAAAUUAUACGAAUCUUUUAAUUAAUUUUAUAAAGAAUUAAUAUUAAUUGUAUAACAUGAAUAUUUUAACAGAGGAUGAUGAAUUUGUCCCACUACAUUUUGUAUUUUGUAAUUUUUAUGGUGAAAAUACGUGUUUUUGUUGGAAUAAUGACAAAUUUGUUAUGUUUCCAUAUAUACAAGAAAAAUAUACAUCUUUGCUGCCAGUUUUUAUUGCACCAGGAUACAUAAAAGUUAUACAAUGUUUUUCCAAUAGAGUUUUCUUUACAUGUUUACCACAUGGUAUAUAUAAACUUUCAAGAGAUGGAAGAUUCAGUGUAUUAAGCAAAAGCGCUAUAAGUAUUGGUUCUAUAUUUUUUGAGAUACUGAAGACAAAGGAUGAUUGCUUAUAUUUGGAAAAUAAACAGAAGAAAUUAAGUAAAUUGUUACUCCAUCUGCCACCCAUGUCAAAACAGAUAGAAGAAUUAUGUACUUUUCCUUUGAAUAUGGAAAAUUUAGAACAUGAAUUUAGAAACAUAUUAUUAGAUGAAGUUAAUAUGUUAGAUAAUCUAUGUUUGAUUGGUAAUGGUAAAAAGUUAUUUACUUUAACAAAAGAAGUAAUUCAUUUAAUUUAUAGUUGUGAUAAUAAAAUAAUGAACAUUGUACCUAUACAGAAUGAUAAUAAGAUUAAUGGAUUAAUACUUAUAACAAAUACAGAUGCAAUUAUUGUUGUGCAUUCAAAAAAUAAUAUAUUAUGUUAUAAAAAAAUUUAUUUAGGAGUAGAUGUUAAAACUCUUUGCACAGGACUUAAUCAGCAGCAUAAUGAUAAAAUAUGGAUUGUUUAUUCUGAUGAAUCCAAAUUAUAUUACAUGACAAUGACACUUUCUACUGAAAUAUAUAAGAAAGUAAAAACAGAAGAAAAAAGUUUUGUCUGUAUACAAUAUUAUAAAGAAGAUAAAUUUGUAGGUCUAACUAAAACAAAAGAACUUCAUGAAUUAUCCAUUAAUGUAAUAGAAAAUUAUGUAAAUGAAGAAAUUUCCAAAGAUGAUUUUAUAGAUCUUCAUAGAGAUAUGUUGAAAGAUACAGAUUUAAUUGUUGAACAAAUUUAUGAAAAAGCAAAAGAAUUAGAAUUAUGGAAUAAAAUACUUCUUACCGAAGAAGAUAAACUUUAUAGAAUAAAUCUUUAUGCUUGCAAGAAGAAAAUACAAAUGUACCCUAAAAUGACAGUAUAUAGAAUAGCAAAACAAUUAUUUCUUAAUAUGGAUUUUCAAGAAAAUUUACCAAAAAAUGUUUAUAUUGUUUGCUCUUUGGUAUCCAAUUAUGAAACAACUUUCUCUAUCAAAGAAAUAGCAAAUAAUGAAACCUCAAUUGAUUUACCUAUAGCAAUAAAAAAAUUACUUAAUUCUUUACAAAUCAGAAUGGAUUUAGUAACAAUCAUAAAUGAAGAACAACCAUGGUUUCUUAUAAAGGAUUUUGUAACAGAUCCAAUUAUAGAUAGGAAAAAGAAGCUAAAAGAAAAGCAGGUCAAGAGAGACAAAACAAAUUUUAUAAAUGCUAAAAUAAAUCUUAUAAGGAAUUUAAUGUUGACAGAAAACUUAACUAUGAAGAAAUUAUCAGAAAUCAAAAAGAAGAUAAGAAAAGAAAUAUGUGACUUUUAAUUAAAAAAUAACUGGGCAUUUCUAUUAUACUUCCAAUACUGCAACUGGAACUCUUUGGUUGUUUCACUGAAUUUCUAAAACUAUUGUGUAUUCUGGGACCACCAAGUCGGUCUUGAAGUAUAUCCAAUGAUUUAACACUUUUCUUCGAACCAUUAGCACUACGAUCUUCUUUUUCAUCAUUUUUAUUAGAACAACGUUGUAGAAUUUUGGUAACACAGAGUCUAAAGUUUUCUGAGAAUAUACCAUAAAGAAUAGGAUUGACCACUGUAUUCAAUUGAGCUGUAAUAAGUGCCCAAAUGAAAUGAUGCGAUCUCAUAAAAAAAUCAGUUUGUUCAGGUGGUCUUUGAGCAUCAAUGAAAAGCAACAAAGCGAUGAUCGUUAUCGGCAACCACAUAACUAAAACGGCGACUACAUUUAAUAGUAAAAUCCGCAUGACGCGUAUAUGCUUGUGAAGACGGACUUCCUCGUGUUGCGACAUACUACCAGUUCUACCAGUACGUUCAACAACUGAUGAUGUAGAUAAUUUUCUUCCAACCCAUGGUAUUAACGACCCUACCACCGAUAAUUCCGAGUCUCUCCUGUUUCCUUUACCAGUGGUCAAGUCCUACAAGAUAUAAAAUUCAUCAAAUUAAAUUAAAAAGAAUUAACAGUCUGUUAAGACUUAACAUACCCACCUGAGCUACACAAGGUACGGCCCAUCUAUCUCGGGUAUUAAGGAUUUUUUUAAAUAUCUGUUGAUAGUGAUACACCAAAAGACUCAUUGGUAACAGACAAGUAAACGUAAGUGUUACUAUGGUAAAAAUAAGUGAUAUUUUCACCACUGAUUUCUGAGGGAAGACAAGAGUACAUAUUGUAACACCACCCGAGACCGCCUGUAACAGUUAAACGAAAAUACAAUUUUAAUAUAGUUUUUAUGCGAACAUAAUAAU